UGGCCCUUUCUCACUGGGCCUACCCGUGUCAGCUGCACAAGCCAUGCCUGGAGUUCCUGCUGUGCUCUUUGCAAAGACAGGGCUCCUGCCCAAGGGACACCCCUAGGACAUACGCCCCCAGGACACGCUCUCUUUCAGAAGACAGCAGAGCGCAGGAAUUAUCCUUACAGCUGGGUAUGUGGAGAAAAACAUGCAGCCGCUGGGUGCCAGUGUGGAGUCUCCUUCCACAGCAGCAUCUCCAGCACCGACUGGGUCAGGUUUGUCCCAAACCCGCCUUGGAAUCUCCCCCCAGCUCCUGAGAUACCACCGCACAUGUGUUAACCAGAGAUCUCGGAUCCCCGGCAGCAACUACACCUCGGGGUGUUGCGGAAGCUCGGAGUUCACCGGAGAGCCCCCCUGGCAUUACACCUAGCCCCCCAGGACAGAGGCUUUGGAGCUUGUGUGUUGCAUACUUAGAAACUGCUUCCUGCUGAACAAGGCAUUAGGACCAGUGCUGUCAGAUCUUGACCAUGAAUGGGUACUUGGAUGAAUCACACUUUUUGAUGGUGGAGGAGGGUUUCACCACCAGAGACCUCCUUGAGAACCUGCUGCUGGAUCACUCCCAGGCAAGUGACAGAGAGGCCUUCUUUGUGGCGGACCUGGGGGACGUAGUGAAGAACCACCUGCACUUCCUAGAGGCCUUGCCCCAUGUCAAACCAUUUUACACUGUUAAGUGCAACAGCAGCAAGGGACUUGUGCGGCUGCUGGCUGAAUUAGGGGCAGGAUUUGACUGUGCUAGCAAGGCAGAGAUUGCACUGAUUCAAAGCAUCGGGGUUCCACCAGACAAGAUUAUCUACACCAGCCCCUGCAAACAGAUCUCACAGGUCAAAUAUGCUGCCAGCCAUGGGGUGCAGCUUAUGACCUUUGACAAUGAAGUGGAGCUUGGGAAGGUGGCAAAAAGCCACCCACAUGCCAGGAUGGUUUUGCGCAUUGCCACUGAUGACUCCCGGUCCUCAGCUCGCCUGAGUGUGAAAUUUGGUGCCACCCUUAACUCCUGCAGACACCUGCUAGAGACAGCAAAAGAGAUGAAUGUGGAGAUUGUUGGCGUCAGUUUUCACGUCGGCAGUGGCUUUGUUGACCCACAGAUCUUCGCUCAGUCCAUAGCAAAUGCUCGGCUGGUGUUUGAAAUGGGCAUGGAGCUGGGCUACAAGAUGCACCUUUUGGACAUUGGAGGGGGAUUCCUGGGCACUGAAGAUACUAAAGAGACUGCAGCCGUGAUAAACUCAGCCCUGGACUUGUAUUUCCCGGAAGGCUGUGGGGUGGAGAUCAUCGCAGAACCUGGACGAUACUACGUGGCUUCGGCUUUCACCUUGGUUGUCAGUGUCAUUGCCAAACGGGAGGUUCCCUUGGAUCAGCCUGGCUCAGAUGAGGAAGAGCCCAGUAGCAAGAAGAGCAUCAGGUACCACAUCAACGACAGUGUCUACCGAUCCUUUGGCUGCAUCCUUUUUGACAAUGCCUGCCCCACCCCCAUCCUGCAUAAGAAACCCUGCCUAGACCAGCCCUCCUACAACAGCAGCCUCUGGGGUUCCAGCUGUGAUGGGCAGGACUGCAUUGCAGAGGGCUUGGAGCUCCCAGAGCUACAGGUCAAUGACUGGCUGAUCUUUGAGAACAUGGGCGCCUACACCAUAGCUGCCUCAUCCUCCUUCAAUGGGUUCCAGCCACCGCAAAUCAACUAUGCCAUGUCCCGCGUGGCCUGGGAAGCCAUCCAGCUGCUUCAGAGGAAGCUGCUGCAACCAGAAGAGACUAGGGAGAGCAGGUGCGCUCCUCUGUCCUGUGGUUGGGAGUUGCCAGGCCCGCUGUGCGCAAACCCUUUCUUCACUCCAGCCAGCAUCAUCUGAGCAGCACCAGUAAUACCAGGAGCAGAUCUUUAACCAGCAGGACUCCUGCCACACCCUGCUCACACCUACAGCCAACUUGCCUCUCCCACUUCUGCUCUUCAGUAGGACCCAUUUUCAAUUCAGUGUGGUUUUUUAAGUAUGCAACAUAAAUCCUGUUCCUCCUG